AUGGCGACAGCCAAACGGGUUCACAGCCUUGGACCUUUGCAGAGGUGUGUCCGGUGUGCGGUCCUUUUAGCUUUGCCAUGGUCUUUGUCAUGGACAUUCUGCGGACCACCAACCUUUGAGACAUCUCGAUCUAUCGGAAGAGCUGCGACUGCCUCUGGCACUGCUUCCUUUCGUUCGCGGAGUCCAGAGAUGGAGCGGCAGGAAGCACAGAAACUGCUGGAGGAUAUCCUGGGAGUAGUCCGCUCCGCUGGCCUCGAAGCCGGCGCCGUCCGCGGCCUCCAAGCGCUGCGCGCCACGCUGCUGACGGCCGUGGAGGCGGCCAGGGACGGCGAGCUCCAGGAGGCUUUGCAGACCAUCCAGCGCUUGGGCACAGAGCGCGUUGAUGAUGCACCUUUAGCACGCCUCUUGCGGAGGCUUUUCCAAAAGCUUGGUAGUACCUACGUCAAACUUGGACAGUUCAUAGCUUCUUCACCUACUUUGUUUCCUGCAGCCUAUGUGCGGGAGUUUCAGCAAUGCCUGGAUCGUACAGAGCCCACAAACUUCCAGAGAAUCAAGCGCAUCGUAGAGGCCGAUUUGGGCCGUCCUCUUUCGGAGGUCUAUGAGUCCUUUGAAGAAGAACCACUUGCUUCGGCUUCAGUGGCACAAGUUCACUCAGCCGUCCUGAAGACAGGAGAGCGCGUCGCUGUCAAGGUACAAAAGCCUGGAGUGGAUCGAGUGCUGAAGGCCGACCUUGGUUUCCUCUUCAUUGCAGCGCGUACACUGGAGUUUCUCAGUCCUGAACUUGCAAGGAGUUCUUUGGUUGAUAUCGUUUCGGAGAUCCGUUCUUCGAUGCUUGAUGAGCUCGACUUCACAAAGGAGCUGGAUAAUGUCGAGACCUUCAGACGCUUUCUGCGUCAGAAUGGACUUGAGCGCAUUGCAGCUGCCCCUAGGACAUUUCCAGAAGCAUCUUCAAAAAAGGUCCUGACGAUGGAACUUUUUUCCGGUGUCCCUCUGACAGACUUGGAAGGCAUUAGCCGAAACAGCAAGAACCCGGAGCAGACCCUCAUCAAUGCAUUGAAUGUUUGGUCAUUGUCAGUGCGAGGGUGCGAGAUUUUUCAUGCUGACGUUCAUGCUGGAAAUCUCCUAGUUCUGGAGGAUGGCCGGGUGGGCUUUAUCGACUUCGGGAUCGUGGGGCGAAUCCCGCCUGAGAUUUGGUCUGCAGUGGAGGGGCUUGUUGUCUCCUUUGCAGCCAACGAUGCACGUGGAAUGGCUCGCAAUUUGAUCGCGAUGGGUGCGACUGAAGCGACAGUGGACGAAGCGUCCCUUGCACAAGAUGUCGCCAGCGUCCUUGGCAGGAUUGCGGGCCUGGAGCCAGAGGUGGUCUUGCGAGGUAGAGGUGACGGCCGAGUGGUGGCCGAGGUCGCUUUGGACAACGACCAGGUGACCGAGCUCUUGCUCGAGGUGGUCCGAGUUGCAGAGUCCAAUGGCCUAAAGUUGCCCAGAGAGUUUGCCUUGCUCGUCAAGCAGGCCUUAUACUUUGAUCGCUACACCAAACUUUUGGCUCCAGAUUUGGAUCCCUUGCGCGAUGAGCGUAUGUAUGCCCCAAUCUCCGCUCCGGCGGCCAGCAGCACCACGGGCACCACGGGCACCACGGGCACCACGGACACGUGGGACUUGGAGGUCCAGAGCUUGGCCAACGCCGUGACGAUCCGAGCGGCCAAAGCGAUGACGACGGCGGAGCUCCGCAGCGAAAUCGCCCAGAAACUGGGCAUCGCAGCGCAGAAUCAGCUGUGGCACGUGCAGGGCGAAAGGCUCAACAUGCAGGACUCUGAGACCUUGGAAACACAAUUGACAGGCGUGACGCAGAUGACAGUUCUACAUGCGGGAGAGCCAUUGAAACCGUUGCCAAAGCGUUUCGACAUCAGGUUGACAUCUGUUCGAGAACGCUUUCGGACAGGUUAUUCCAGUGCUUUCACAAUACAAUACCGACUUCGAGCGGAUGCUGAGAAAGGAGAGAUGGUGUUGGAACCGUGGAGGAAGAAUGAUCACGACACCCUGCUCUACAACAUGCGCCAGAAAAAAAUGAAACACUUGAAGAGUCAUUGGAUGGCAGGCACGCAGGAGACCAAUGAGGCCUUGAACUGGGAUCCUUUGGCGGACCUGGUUUCUCGUUGGAGAGGAUGCUAUUUGGAGCCCAGCGCUACGCGCUUCUGGAAGGAGGCGUCGCCAGAUCCCCCAGAGGGGCAGCCACGCGCUUUCUCUGGGGGAAUGAAGCCACAGACUGUUCCGGACUAUGCAGCGGUACCUGGCUGGUUUGUGGCACCUGAAGACUGCGAAGAGAUCGAGACAGACCUGGAAAUUGGUGGUAAAAAGAUCCAGCGGAUGAUGGUCACCCAGGAUGGCAAGCCAGUGCGCAUUGCAAUGUCUCAGUGCCGCAUCGGUCCUCUUCACGAAGACAUCGAGGAGUACGAGGUUGAACUUCGCGAACUCGCAGCCGACGAAAAGCUUGAAAGCGAUGAGUUUUGAAAAGACAUUAGGCUGGUAGAAACCCAACGGAGUUGGUUUGUAAAGACAUGUCGCCACUUAUUUCAAGACGAUUUCGUUCUGUGGUUUCAUAUGUCGUAGAAGACAUUCUUGUGAUGAUGUAAUUCCGGCUUACUUCCAAGUUUGCGCCUCGGCUGAACAGCUGAACAGCUGUGAAUUGCAGAUCGCACGUCCCGCAGAAUGUACAGAUCUGCAACAUGACAGGGCGUGCAUUGUAUCUGCAGCUGUAUUAAGUAUGCGAACCUGAGAAA